CUCCCGCAAGCAUGAGAUGCGCGUCCACGUGGCCAGUGGAGCGCGUGACAGAUCAGCGCCGCUAACGCAGCCCCCCGCGGCUUUCAGGGUUUGCCCCUCCUGAAGAAGCACCAAUGUGAGAUGGCUACAUGGAGGGGGCGGGAAGGAUAGUUUGAAGGGAUGAGCUUUUGGUGACAAGACGCCAAUUUCUCUCUUAUUUUACCGCUGACAACAAGCAAAAAAAAAAAAAGAAAAAGAAAGAAAGAAAGAAAUCCCCAAAAGCAGCAGAGACGCAUCAGCCGGACCACGCGUCAGAACCUCAUUAACUCCAAAGACUGGAGGUGGGGGGGAAGAAAAAGAAAAAGCAGAGCUUUAUUUCCAAGUGGAGCCCUGUGUUUUCAACUGCUAUGGCUGCUGCAUUUUGGAAGCUGCAACCCCUGCACUUGGCCUUGUGGAGCUCCCUUCUAUGCCUCAGCAUCAUUCCUCAAGCCAGUGCCGUCGUGGGACACCGAGAGCCGCUGCCUGAUGACAGUAAUAACAUCACCAUUUUCACCCGCAUCUUAGACAGACUGUUGGAUGGUUAUGACAACAGACUACGUCCCGGGCUGGGAGAGAGUGUCACUGAAGUGACGACGGACAUUUACGUGACAAGUUUUGGCCCAGUGUCAGACACUGACAUGGAAUACACCGUCGAUGUCUUUUUCCGCCAGAGUUGGAGCGAUGAAAGACUGAAAUUUGACGGGCCCAUGCAGGUGUUGCCCCUUAACAACCUCCUUGCCAGUAAAAUCUGGACACCUGACACAUUUUUCCACAAUGGCAAGAAAUCUGUGGCCCACAACAUGACAACUCCAAACAAACUUCUGCGACUCGUCGACAACGGCACGCUUCUCUACACCAUGAGGUUGACCAUUCAUGCCGAAUGUCCCAUGCACCUGGAGGAUUUCCCCAUGGAUGCCCACUCCUGUCCCCUGAAAUUUGGAAGCUAUGCAUACACCAACAAUGAGGUGAUUUACCUCUGGACUCAAGAAAACAAGAGCGCCGUUUCUGUGGCUGAUGGUGGUUCCAGGCUCAACCAGUAUGAUCUACUGGGACACGAGAUUGGCAAAGAAACCAUAAGUUCCAGUACAGGCGAAUAUGUAGUGAUGACAACAUAUUUCCACUUGAAAAGAAAAAUUGGCUAUUUUGUGAUCCAAACGUACCUUCCCUGCAUCAUGACAGUCAUCCUGUCACAGGUGUCCUUCUGGUUAAACAGAGAGUCAGUUCCUGCACGUACCGUAUUUGGGGUCACCACCGUCCUCACCAUGACGACCCUAAGCAUCAGUGCCCGCAACUCCCUCCCUAAGGUCGCCUAUGCCACAGCCAUGGACUGGUUCAUGGCAGUGUGCUAUGCCUUUGUCUUCUCUGCCUUGAUUGAGUUUGCCACCGUCAACUACUUCACCAAGCGCAGCUGGGCGUGGGAUGGGAAAAAAGAGGGCAUGGAAGUCAGGGAACCGUUUCAGGCUAACAUGGCCAGGAUUAACGAUAUGAGAAGAGAAUCGGCAACUCUCUCCAAAAAGGCAAACAACACUUUCAACAUUGUCGGAACAACCUACGCCAUCAACGUAGCCAAAGACCAAGGUUUGACAACCAUUUCCAAGAGUGCCGGUAGCGGGGGUGCGUCAGCCAAACACUCCUUCCUCCAUAAAAUGGAUGAUCCCUACACAGAAGCCAAGAAGUCUUACAACCGAGUCAGCAAAGUGGACAAGAUAUCCCGCAUCAUUUUCCCCAUUCUUUUUUUCAUCUUCAACUUGGGCUACUGGGCCACAUAUGUCAACAGAAAGCCCGCCAUCAUAGAGGAAAACAACCUCAACUGAAUCGGAUCAAAUUUGGAAUCGGUGUAGACAGGUUCGCUGGAAGCCAUGAACAUCUUAACGUGUGCAGUGGUACCUAAUUUACAAGUGCUUGGUCAUCAAAUGCGUAAAUCGAGGUACCACGUGAUAUGUAUAUGUCUAUUCUAAACUUAUGUAUAUACAUAUGUAUAUGUACUAUAUACACAAAUGCAUAUACAAAUAUAUACAUACAUAUAUAUAUAUAUGUGUGUGUGUGUGUGUGUUUAAUCUCAUUCAAUCCAAUAGAAGAGCUGCCUUUACAAAGAUAAUAUUGCAGAAGUAGUGAUUAUUACGGGAAUGUAGUUAUACAUAUAGUUUGUAGUAUUGACAGAUUACAAUGCAAUCCUACUCAAAUUGUUUCAAUGUUUUCUCUGGUGUACCUUAACGAGGUCAUUAAAAUAUCCGAAAUGUGUGUCAGUGCUAUUUUGCACCACAAGAAAGGACGAUUCCAAACAUGUUGGUAGGCGCUAUACCUCUUUCAAAGCGUCAAUUCAAAUUGACCUAAUUACCUCCAACAUGAGUAUUGUUUUUCGAUUGUCGAUUCGUUUUUGUCUGUUUUGUCAAAAUUGUCUAUUCAGCUUGAUAGAUCAACCAGUGCAAGCCUCACACUUUUAGUCAGCAUGCUAAUUGAUAUAGCGGCAUACAUCUAGAUACCUUUGUAAAGGCAGCAUUAUUUUUUUUUAAGAUGAAAUCAAAGGAGUGAAAUGACAAUUCCGUGCGUGUAUAUUCGGUGUUUGUUAUGAUACAGUAUUUUGCUCGUCCAUAAAGACCAAGGGCAAAUACCCACAUAAAACUACCUUUGCUAUCUCUGUUCCAUCUUGUGUUUCCAAGAGAGAGAGAGGCAAUAAGCCAACAAAGAAACGAUAGUACCAGCACCUAUGCGUCUCUGUAAAAUGGUACAAGUGGAAACAGUGGAAAUUUCCAGUAAACUAUUAAAAGUCCCCCACUGGUGUGGCAUCAUGCUAGCUUCGUUCCGUUCCGCGUAAACAAAGCAAAGCGGCAUAACGGCAGACUCGCUAUUACCGCCAUGUUACGCAAUCUCAGAGAUGAUUUUUGUUUUCUUCUCUCAUUUACAGUAGCUCUGGCCCUGUUGUAACAAAGGAAUCCAUCGCUGUAUCUUGUCAUUUUGUAAAAUAGUGAAUCUGUUUUGCAAGCAUGUAGUUUCAGGUUGUCAUUGUUGCUAACCAAUGAAGACAAGAAUAAAUAACACGCAUGCACACACACACAGGGAUGCAUUGGAAGACACUCGAGGUGUUGCUUAACUGUGGACUGGUAGCAAGGGCAGCCUAUCAUAGGACCAUCAUUAAUAAUCCUCAGUGUCUGGCCUUCAGCUCAACAUGAAUCUCAUCAGAACCAAUGUAGUAUCAUCUGGAAUUGCUUUCCCAUCCCACGGGGCAAAGCCUGUGCAUUUUCAAGUCCGGUGGCUCUCGCCGGCUGACUAUGUUUGGUUAAAAAGGAGCCAAGUGCCUUGGUGAACAUACAGAAAACAUACACACACAUCGACUGCAUUUGCUACAUGUGUGUCCUCACAAAAUGCAGGAUUAUGCUCAAGUAGCUCUUCGUGUCUAUGAUCUUGUGGUUCAAGCAAUUUACUCAUCGGUGACCCACCCACUCACAGCCCAAGAGAGAUCUUCAUAAAUGAUUCAUGCAUAUUUAUGUGAUGUUCAUUUACAAUACAGUUAUGAAAGUGCUUUUAUCCUCAUUUGCCAGCAUGCGGAUUAUAGGAGUCUGCUUUAUUUGCAGCUCGAUAACAAAUAUAAUCCUUCGUAAAGUUCGUUCCUUGGUAUUCGGAGCAUAUUUUAAUAUUGACUACAGGGUCAGCAGAAAUACAACAACAUGGCGGAUAUUGUCAGACGAAAGUGAUUAAUAGAUGGUUCGGUAUUUACUACUCCUAUUUCUUUUGGGUCACAUCAUGUUGCGUGACAGACAGGUGGCAUUGUGGUCUCAGCAACUCCACCCCUGCAGGGAUUUUAAAUUGGACUCUCUUGUUAAUUAUGCAUUGUGGAGGACUGAAAUGACCCAUUCCAUUUCUCAGAGCAAGUGUCAAAAGUCUCUGUCAAAUGGAUCACAGAAAUUGAGGAGAAGUGAAUCUGCACUACGGAUUCAUUUUAACAUGCACUCGGUCAAAUAGAACAGCAUGAAAAGCACUUUGGCGUCAUGGGUGACUGAUAAUAAUGUUACUAAAAAGGUAUGGAAGAGCAAAUCAAUGUUAUGAAGUCAAUGACUCACAUACAUUCGAAUCAACUUAUAUAUUUAAUGAACUGGAAAUUAAAUGUAUGUCAUCAAAACUUAAAUGAUACAUUACAGAAUAUGAAAUUAAUAAUAUAAAUAAAUAUCUAUAUUUAAACAUACGGAUUGUAACCAUAGAUGCAUUUACAUGCCAACUACAGAUGCUCAUAAAAUAAAAAUAAAUUGCGACACUAACCACUGACAGCUUUGAGUUAGCUUAAAAUACCAGUUUGCAUUUUUUUCUUUUACAAUAUUAUUUUCACGGAUAUGUGAAAGAGUAGUAUAUCAAGAGACUCAAACAGUCAAAUGAGAUUCUUGUCAAAAAUGAUAUCAAGCGACUGGCCUCUACAAAGACAAUAAUUCUACCUCAUAUGUAUAUUAUUUAACUUCAUAAGACAGGGAAAUGUUAAAUUAAGAGGAUUCACAUAGUUGAACUGGGGAGUCACUGAUUGCAGACUUGAUUAUUAUAUCGCAAAAUAUUCCAACAAUUUCCAGAAAGUCUACUAUGCAAACAUGCGGCGGAAAGACGACGGCAUCAGGGCGUUUAUGAUAAUGACAUCACUGUCAUUUUUAAACAAGAGGAAAAAUAACAUCUUUCAUCCCAGAUGAGCUUUCGCUGCACAUCUUGUUUGUCCAUCAAUCGGUGACAAGUCAGUCACUCAACAUUUGUCUUCUAUUUGUUGUGACCAUGAACAUAUUUAGACCCAAAAUUAUUGUAUUGAUUAAUAAUGAAAUGUCCAAGCUGAAAUUCAAGUGAGUGUUUUUAAGAAAUUGGAUUCGACUGCAUUACUCGACAUGCUAUUUUGUCCGUUAUUUUCCUACAGGGCCAGAGUUAACUAGAAUGGAUCACCGUACCGAGACACAUUAUAUUAAAAGUAUAUCAAAAAAGAUAUUUAUGCUAUUUAGUGCCGCUUACGGUUUGUUUAUACAACAUAAACGCAAUUCUCUCCAUGAGUAAAGAGUCCACAAAUACUUGAUAGCUGAGAAAAAAAUGUUACAAAGUUGUGAAUUUGUAGAUAUUGUGGAAGCCAUUCCAAUAGUUUGUGAAUAUGGAUACGUCACGUCCUUUAUUUUUCAAUCCGAUACUGUUCAGCUCUGUAACACGGCGUGUUAUAGUGUUUUAACCACGUACUAUUCAUGAGUCUACUUACAAGAUCAGUACCCCUUGUGUGCACUUUUUUUUUUUCCCAAACUUAACUGUGAAUUAGCAGCUGUUUGCAAGCAGAGUUGUACAUGGCGUGUUCUCUCUCCUGCAAUUCCACUGCAUGUCUCUACGCAUUGAGCGAUAAAAGACUUCCUCUACAAAGACGAGAACAUACUGUGGUGGACUGUGUGUUGUUGUUGGGAAGUGGCUCUCUAUGUGCUCAGUGACUGGACUCUGUAUGUUGACUUCUCUCGUUCAUGUGCUUACUGUAAUGAGAUGUAGCAAACAGAAAUUGGAAAUAAAAGGAUUAUGUAUUUUGC